AUGGGGUCAAUUGUUAAGAGUAUCGCUAUGUUAGAUAUGAACUCACGUAUGGAAUAUUUUCAAAUCAUAUUGUUUACUCUAAUAUACAUUGGAAUUCAUGAAGCUUUUUCAGAAAAAAUACUUGAUGUAGAGAUAUCCCCUAAAAAGGUCAUCGUGACGCCCAGUUAUGAAGAUCCGAUAGUCCUACGAUGUACAAUCAAGUCGUCUGCUAAUAUCAGUGACGGAGAAGAUUUGAAAUCAUAUUGGACAAAGAAUGGAGUGCCAAUAACUGAACGAUUAGUAAAUACGACAAUAUUUGACGAUGAUAAGCUCGCCGCUCCGUAUUUACUUGAAAAUGAUACACUUUUCAUUGGUAGACUUUCUCCAGAAAAAGAAGGCACCUACGCUUGUACGGCUAGGAUAAGGACGUUUUCGGAAAUCGUGUCCGAGGAACGUUCGACAGCGCCUGUAUAUUUUGCAAAAGUCAACGAUUUUUCGUUUGUUUCUCCUGACACAGAAGUUGAAGAAGGCAGUUUUGCCACACUCACUUGUGUCUCAGGUUUCAGUAUUCCAUCUGCAAAUCUAUCAUGGAUAAAGGCAGGAGGAGGAAAGAUAACCGGAGUCCAAAGUCAAUAUAUUUUACGUCAUGAUAAAGAAACUGGAAUGUAUAUGACGAGCAGCAGUAUUCAAUUUAGCAACAUUUCAACAUAUGAUCAAGGAGAAUACUCCUGUGUCGCUGUGAAUCGUUUACUUCCGUCUCUAACCAAAGUUAGUCGUCGAAUUUUUCUCAGAGUAAAAGAAAAACCGGCAGCUCCACAAAUUAUUUUACAACCCGAAAGUGUCUAUGCUGUAAACGAUCAAUCAUCAAAAUUCGUAUGUAUUUCAAGUGGAACACCGACUCCAAAAAUUACCUGGUAUUACAACAAUGUAAAUAUUGAUGCUGGGCAGUCACCAGUACAAGAUGCAAUAUCAAUAGACUCGUAUGGACAUACAAGUAUACUCGCCAUAUCUUCGUCAACGCCAGAAGUAACUGGAGAAUACAAAUGCUUAGCGAAAAACGAAUUUGGACACGCAAUGUCGAAAGCCGCAGAAUUGCAAAUAGCAGCAUUCAGUUGGAUAUUUGAGCAAGAGCCGGAAUAUACUGAAAUUUACAUCAACAAAGCUGCAACCUUGAUAUGUAGACCUCCUUCUAGUCAACCUCCUGCAAGUAUAACCUGGUAUAAAGAUAACAAGGUUCUUGAUCUCACUCGUACACCAUCAGUACGAAAACUUUCUUCAGGAGAUUUGUAUCUCGAAGAGGUGAAACUAGAACACAGUGGAGAAUAUUUUUGCCAAGCCUCUAACAGACUACUCGAUGUGACCGCUACCUCACAGAGGGCUCAGGUCACCGUAUUCGCCCCGCCCACUGUCACUCAACUGCCAAUCACAGCAGAUGUUGUUCUGGAACACACAAUUAAGCUAGAAUGCAACGUCACUGGAUACCCAUUUCCUGAUGUAAAAUGGACAAAAAACGGCCUCACUUUAGCGACAAAUGAAAGAAUUAUAUUGGGGCUAAGAAACCAGACGCUCUUUAUCACGUCUGCCAUGACAGAAGAUGAAGCAUUUUAUAGUUGCACUGCAAGAAAUGAGCAUGGACGUAUCGACAGCGGGCCUACUUUGUUGAAGGUUUUAGUUCCACCUGUUAUACAUACUAAGGUACCAGACAACGUUCUUAUAGAUUUAGGAGUGCCAUAUACAAUAUCAUGCAAAGCAAUCGGUACCCCUGAACCGAAAUAUAAGUGGACAAAAGACGGACGUUUCCUCAACGUUUCAGCUGAAUCAAGACUGACUCUAGUAAAUAACGGUCUCAAAAUAUCCGAAGUUCUGGAAAGUGAUACUGGUCGUACAAUUGUACAGCAUACAACAAAGUCACCGAAGUUUGGUCUGAUGGCCUCAUCAGAGUUAAAGUUCCGGCGCAAAUUACUUCUCCACCCCAGAGCGGCGCAGUUGACGAAUAUGGGAAUAUAAACUUCACUUGCAUCGGAAGGGGUUAUCCUGACAUCACAUAUGAUUGGACGAUAGAGUCAACAUUGAGGGUAAAUUCAACGAAUGCGACUGGAUUAGAUCAUACCAUAAUGUAUGAGGAUGGUGAAACAAUUAUGUCUCUGACAAAUGUUUCGAGAAAUUUUCAUGGAAGUAAUUUUACUUGUAUAGCACAGAACUUCU